CAUGUUAAUGUUUUGAGAGGUUGUGCAUGAUUUUCAAACUCCGGUCGAUCUGAAAAAUCGUGAAAUCCAACUGGGAGUGCCUUAAAUUCAUCAUGGUAAGAGUGAUUUCCCAAGAGACCUUCGAUGCCGUGGUCACGGAGAACAUGGAGGAAUUUGGCAUGGACCGCAUCGAGGCCGUUCAAGAGGCCCAGCAGCAGUUUCAGACCCAGGGCGUAAAUUUGGACAAUAUUGUGACGGAUUCUGCGGAAAUUGAUCAUCCCAUGGUUCAAGCCAUCAAAUUCUUGGCGACUCCGGGGGAUGCCUCCCCAGAGGACUUAGGCCAGCGCUGUGAUAUCAUUGCCCAAGAGUGUGCCAAGGGGUUGGCUGAGCGCGUGAUGGCCACCAAGCACAAGGCCUACGAGAUCCUGGUACAAACCACUCAUCACGACGAGAUCGUGGUUCAAUCCCACGCCAUGCAGGCCUUGAAAGAGUUGUUGAAUGGCAAUCCUGAUCCGCUGGAGCCUGAAGGCUUUAAGGCACUUUUAAAGGCCUUGAACGAAACCGACGCAAAUUUGAUUCAACAAUCCUUGGGCGUCACAUUGAACUGCUGUGUCAGACACGAGGGCAACCGCCAAAACUUUAUUCGAAAUGGGCUUUUGAUUCAUUUGAACCGAUUGUAUGACACCUAUCCCAUUGAAGUGGUCCAAAUCUGGCAGGCCUUGGUCCAGGAUGAUGAUGUGAGAGUGCCAUUCGGGCAAGCUCAUGAGCAUGCCCGUGAAAUUGUGGAAGAACAUUCGGCGCUGACUAAACUCACCCAGACUAUCGGCCAGAACUCUAAUCCCAAGGAAUUGCCGCUCAUCUUGUCCUGUUUGAGUAGUCUGUGUGUGCGGAACGAGUAUUGCCAAGCCGUAGCAGCCGAUGGGGGCUUGAAGGUGCUUUUGGAGUUGUUAGUCGAUCCGGAUCAGACCAAGGAUGUCGUGGGCGAAGUCUUGAAACUCAUCAAAGCUCUAGCUGGCAAUGAUAACGUCAAGAGAGACAUCCUUAAACUGGACGGGAUUCGCGUCAUCGUAAAUUCCAUGAGCAAGUACACGUCCGUGAAACUGGUGGCCAUGUUCGGAUCCUCGGCCCUCACUGCGGUGUCUUUACGAAGCCCGGAGAAUGCCACGGCCAUCAUGGCGUGUGGAGGAGGGCAAUUGUUGACUCAAAUACUCAAGAUACACAUGAACACGCCCAAGAUUCUGAUCUCUUGUUGCAACGCCAUUCGGAACAUUGUUAGCCGCUCUCGUGAACUGACCGCGGAAUUUGUGGAAUUAGACAUUGAGGAUCUUCUGAACAAAAUUCGACGACUCCAUCCUAGUGCUGAAGAUGCUGUUAAAGCCGCCCUACGAGAUCUUGGUCUCAAAGUGGAUUUGAAAGAAAUAUGGACCGGAGGAGCCGUCAAAAAUGAGUGAUAAUAGUUGGCAGCUCGUAUUAAUCAACUUAAAACAAUUUGAAAUUAAUCAUUCUUUUGCACUUCAUUGCAACUAAAAUCACAGCUAAGAAUUCUUUGUUUUGAUCUGGGUCGUAUCGUGUCCUUUAAAAAGAGAACGAGAAGAGGCGGAUACGAGAAUUUUUAUUUUCAUGCAUUUUCCUUUUACACAUGCAUCAUGAUCAUGCUAAGCAGAGGGUAGGUUAAACAUAUACAAUCCUUUUAAAACAUUACAACCAAUUAGACGUACAUUGUUUGCUCACUGGAUUAAUCGAUUACUGAUAUUGAGCUCAUCAAUAAAUUUGUUCAUCCAGAGAA